AUGGCAACUUCAAUGGCUGCUAAAAAUGUUGCUGUUGUAUCAAAAAACGAAUCGUCCGUCCAGGAAUACGAACAUGCAAAAGUAGUUUGCUUUCGAGACAUUCUUGAGUACAUUAUGUUAAAUUUCUUCGUAGGUCAGUCACGCGAUGGUUGUGAUGUUAUUGAGACACCAUCCGAAAUACUUUAUAUAGUGUAUAACACUCCAGAAUGUGACCAAUUCAUGCAAAGAGUUCGCGAACGAUUAGAAAUAAAUCCAAAUACAUUCCAAUCUGGAUCAAACGACAAUGAUUUCAGUACUGAUAGUGAACGAAGUUCUUCAACAUCUUCAGUCGAUCUCAGUGCUGGCCAAACGAGACAAAUGAUAUCAAACCAUUCGUUUAUGAAAGUUGACAAAGUAAUAUUCACAGACAAGAACAAUUUAUCAGUUAAAGAAUAUAUUAAUGCAUUAAUUCAAUUGCAUACACCAUCAAAUCGAAUUUCUAAUCUUCGAAUCUUGGAUAGGUCAAGUUCUGAAAUUGCUAACUUACCUGUGAGUAAUUGCAUAUGGAUACCAGGACAAUCUGGAACCGGUCGAGAUACAAUUGAAACACCAAUGGGCAAAUUCAUUGUUCUCUAUGGUGACCCGUGUAUGGCAUUUAUGAGAUACGUUCGUGACACUUUUGAGACAGCAGUGGAAUAUUCAGCUGAACAUUCAGUCAAUAUUGGAAAGAGAUUUAUUAAACAACUUCAUCAUAUUUUACAGUUAGAUUCAUCUAAUAAUUCAGCGACAAUCAUCCAAAAUGUGUUAAAUGAGGGUAGACAAAUAUUGCGUACCUAUGAAAAUAAACUUAUCCCAAUUGUGUACCUUAAACAAAUUGAAAAUAAUAGUGAAUUAUUACAAUUAUUGAAAGAA